AUGCCUCCGAAAAAGAAAGGUGCGGGUAAAAAGCCUGCAGAAGUAGACAGACAGAACCUGGGGGGGCUCAUAGAAGAGGUUGAGCACCUUCGUAAGGAGCUGGAUAAGGAGAGGAAAGAUAAAAACUACUUUCAGCUGGAGAGGGACAAGAUCCACACCACUCUGGAGGUCACAGAAAGAGAGCUACAAAUAUUUAGACUAGAACUGAAAAAUUUAGACACUGAGAUAGAAGAGGAUGAGCGGUGGCAUCAAGCAGAGAUCGAGCUGUACAAGCAAAAGGCAACAUACCUCCUACAUGUACAACAAAAGACAAUCUCUAAGGUAAAAUCUAAUUUUUCCAUCUCCACUAGCCAGCGAUGGGAAGAGCAAAAACACCUAGAGACUGAGCUCAAAAGCACAAUACAUUCUACCAUGAAAAACGUGAAAAUGGAUUACGACCAUAUUAUCAAGGAGCUUGAACUGAAACAUGAGGAGGAAAAGAUUCAAACAAGGAACAAAUUUGAGGAGCAACGUGCAGAAAUUCGAGCCACCAAUGAGAAAAGAUUACAAUUGAAAGAGUUGGAGGAAACAAGGAAGGAGGAGCUCAGUGACAUAAAGGAUCAAUGGAAGCGGCACAUUGCUACGCUCAUAGAAGACCACAACAACUCUCUCAAAGCUUUAAGGGAGUGCACUACAGACAUACAGCCCACAGUGGAUAAUUGUGAGUCACUUAAGACAGCUAUGGACAAAAUGAAUAUGUCACUAAAGCAGAAAAACACUGUGAAAAAAAAUAUUUUGGAAGAUAAUAAAUGUCUUGCUGAGCGUCUCCUGAAGGUCGACAAGGACGCUGUUCAAAAAGAGCUAAAAGUCAACAUACUCAAAAGUAUUCAUUCUACCGUCUAUCAGAACUUCAAAGAAAAGCAGCUGAAUGCUCGCAAAACAGAUUAUAAAGCACUGAAACAGAAAUUCAGAAAGCUUCAAAUGGAAAGAAAUGAACUCUGCAAGUCAUUGUCUCAGGAAAUUAUAGAGAUGAAGCAUAUAGCAGGUCUGAAGAGUGUGCAGCUGGAGACAGAGCUGAAAGCCACUGAAGAUCGCCUGGAGAUGCAAACUUGUUCUAACUAA